AGCAGGAGCCGGUAGUGAAACGCGCGGUAUUUUGAAUACAAGGAAAAACAAACAGUUGCGAGCUUUAUUUUCAAUCUUCAAAACUGUAAACUAACGUCUUCAAGUGAACAAAACAUGUCAAAGAAAGCACCGAGAGCAGCCCUGAAGCUUCAUAUGAAGAAGAACACUAAUAUACGAAUAGGAAAAAACGCAGACUUGAUGGCCCAGCUCAACCUCCUGGUUGUCCUGCAUCGUCUAGCAGAGGAGUCCAGGGUCAAGGCCUUUGAGGAGAAAUCAGGAACCAUCAAAGUUCACCACGUCAGAGCUGUUGCGAAGAAAUUGUUAAAGAGCACACGUGGAUAGCGUGGAUGACGGGAACUGUCUAUCACACCCCUUUAUUUGUUCAACAGCAUUGACCCUGUGACCUAAAUUUUACUUAAAGACCUCAUUAUGUGCAUCCUAUGGUAUAGAGCGCACAACGUACAUGGACUGUCGAAGAUGAACAUUUUACAUUUAUUCUUUCCUUAGAACUUUUACGUGUACAAUGGAAUUUAUGUUACUUUGUCUCAGCAUUGGGGCCUUUAUUAGGCUGUGAUCCAUGAUCAGUUUCUCUUCAUGACUGUUGAACUUUUGUUUCUAGUUUUGUGUAAAUCAUGUAUGAUGGACAAUAUCUAGCCCAGAUAUCUAAAGCAACACAUGUGUCCCUCAUCUCUUUGGAUCGUAUUAUGAUUAAUACCUGUUAAUAAACAAUUUGUACCACUUAACUCGGGUAACACAUGGUUGAGUAAUAGUGCAGUGUUUCUUUCCUCGCUCUGUAAAGCAACAAGAUAUUUGGCUCUCGGCCAUUGACAACAUUGGGACCAUUAUCUGUGGCUUGCUCACGAAAGCAGGUUUUUAGCAGGAAAGUUCACUCAGAUGAUAUUUCGCCUGU